AUGGGAGCACUGUCAUCCCUCCACCACCUCUCAACUUCCCUUUCCCUUCUUACCAGACCAUCCCUUUCUCUCCCUCCUUUCCUCCGCCCAAUCCGUACCCUCCCUCCCACCACGUCCUCCUCGUCUUUACAGUUCAACAUCACAUUUGCUCCUCCGAACCCCAAACCCAAACCCAGACCCCCUCCAAACCUCAAGAACGACGUCGUUCUUGACGACUCCGAAUCCCCUCCCCUUCCAUCCAAUGGCCAGCUUUUCAUCCCCUGGAUCGUCCGCGGCGAGGACGGCAACCUCAAACUCCAAGCUCACCCCCCUGCGCGCUUUAUCCACGCGCUAGCUGAUGCUAAAACGCAGAAGCCCAAAAAGAAGGUUGACAAGGCGGUGAAGAAGAAAAAGGAGAUUUCAGCUGUUGGAAAUGCAAGUGUUGAGCCGCCUAAGCUUUCCAAGGCGGCUAGAAGGUUUUAUAAUGAAAAUUUUAGAGAGCCUCCUCAAAGGUUAAGUAAAGUCCUUGCUGCUGCUGGAGGUAAAUUCACUUUGUUUAAUAACAGAAACUGA